GCCUGCGCAAUACAGCGUUACACUGAUCUCCGAAGAGCAUCGUCGCAUGUUAAGGUUAUAAUAACAACGCUUCAUAACUACUGCCCGGUACUCGUUUCAAUACAGGCGUGGGGAGAGACGUUUUAACAUGCUUGCUAUCAUCCGCCGCUCUGAUUCCUGUUUUCAGUCCGGUCCUUGUGCGUGUGUCACAGUUUAAUCCGUCCGACCGCCCAUCUGGGGUAAAGGUCGGUCUUCCCAAGCAAGCUGUAGGGCUCAUUUUCGGAGGUGAGGCUGAUUCGCUCAGGGACCGGACUUUCACUCGCCUCCGCUGGAAAUACAUGUCGUUUCUGACAUUUAAUUAUAUCGUUUGUCAAACUCUCGUGUGUUCGUAAAAAAGAUGUCGAAGCAACAGCAGAUCAGCCCGCUGAAAAAUUUCUUCGCGGGCGGGUUCGGGGGAGUGUGCCUGGUGUUCACCGGACACCCCCUCGACACGAUCAAGGUGCGCUUGCAGACACAGCCUAAGCCGGCCCCAGGACAGCCUCUCCUCUACUCGGGGACCUUCGACUGCUUCAAGAAGACCUUGAUCAAGGAGGGUGUGAGUGGUCUGUACAGGGGCAUGGUGGCCCCCAUCAUCGGGGUCACCCCAAUGUUCGCUGUGUGUUUCUUCGGGUUCGGACUCGGCAAGAAGCUGCAACAGAGAAGCCCCGACGAUGUGCUGUCGUACCCUCAGUUGUUCGCAGCGGGGAUGCUGUCCGGUGUUUUCACUACAGUCAUCAUGGCUCCGGGCGAGCGAAUCAAGUGCCUCUUGCAGGUAGAGGAGAGGAACAGCACACUCCAUCUCCUGAAGAUCCAGGCUGCGUCGGGAGAGGUGAAGUACACCGGCCCCAUGGACUGUGUGAAGCAGCUCUACAGAGAGUCUGGAGUGAGAGGGAUCUACAAGGGCACAGUGCUGACUCUCAUGAGAGACGUGCCGGCCAGUGGGAUGUACUUCAUGACGUACACGUGGCUCAAGGACAUCCUCACCCCUGAGGGCAAGAGCCCCAGUGAGCUCAGUGUUCCCAGUGUCCUGUUUGCUGGGGGCAUGGCCGGCAUCUUCAACUGGGCAGUGGCCAUCCCUCCUGACGUGCUGAAGAGCAGGUUCCAGACAGCUCCCGAGGGGAAGUAUCCUAACGGGUUCCGGGACGUGCUCCGCGAGCUGAUUCGGGAAGAGGGGAUCGGCUCCUUGUACAAGGGCUUCACUGCAGUCAUGCUGAGAGCAUUCCCUGCCAACGCUGCGUGUUUCCUGGGGUUUGAAGUCGCCCUCAAGUUCCUGAACUGGAUCGCGCCCAACAUGUGAGCGGCUGGGAGCCAGUGGGAUUGUGGGAUGGCUGAAGAAGGACAGCACCUCGCACUUACAUUGCAGAUUCUUUCAGAGAUUAUAUAUAUAUAUAUAUAUAUAUAUAUAUAUAUGUGUGUGUGUGUGUGUGUAGACUUGUUGAAAGUUUUAAUUGUGUUCAUAAACAGAACAGAAGUGCCUUAAA